AGGUUAUAGAAAUAUUUUUAAUUAAAAAAUAAACUUGUUUGCUCCAGUCUCGAAACUACGAGAAUUGAAGCCAUGGAAGGUUCAUUGUUGGAACCCACUUUAUACACCAUAAAAGGGAUUUUGAUCCUGGAUAAUGAUGGAAACAGAAUCCUGGCAAAAUAUUACGACAAAACCACAUUCCCCUCAUCCAAAGAGCAAAAGGCCUUUGAGAAAAAUCUAUUUAACAAAACACAUCGAGCAAAUGCAGAAAUCAUCAUGCUAGAUGGAUUAACCUGCCUUUAUAGGAGCAAUGUGGAUUUAUUUUUCUAUGUUAUGGGCAGCUCACACGAAAACGAGCUUAUUCUUAUGAGUAUUCUCAAUUGUCUUUAUGACUCAGUUAGCCAAAUACUGAGGAAAAAUGUGGAAAAACGAGCAGUACUAGAGUCCCUGGAUAUAGUUAUGUUAGCGCUGGAUGAGAUAUGUGAUGGAGGAAUUAUCCUUGAUGCUGAUUCGAAUUCUGUUGUGUCAAGGGUAGCUUUGAGGAAUGAUGAUAUACCAAUUGGAGAGCAGACCGUAGCCCAGGUCUUUCAAUCUGCAAAAGAACAGCUGAAAUGGUCAUUAUUAAAGUAGGUGAUUUUUAUAAAUUUAAUGAAAUGUAUGUUCUGAAACUAUAAGAAUUAAAAUAUUUGAAAUUG